ACUGUGCCUGUUCCUUUUUCGUGUGCCCGACUCAAUACUCCUUCAGCCACAGACAAGCUCCCGAUCUUUGUCUGGAACCUCAAUUGCCCUUCUGCCACUGUCAUUUCUGCUCUUCUCGCAGACCUCAGAGGCGCAAUUCCCUCGUCUCCCCCUAACCCCGCCGCUCUUCCGGCUCUUUAAACUGCCUCACCUCCACAGAAGCCACGAUGCUGUCCGCUCUCCGAGUUGCCAGCAGGCGAACUGCCCUGCGACCUGCGACCCUCAACCUCUCCAGCCGCGCUCUUCUGUCCACCUGGAUCAACGUGCCCCAGGGCCCUCCUGCUAUUCUUGGCAUCACUGAGGCUUUCAAGGCCGACAAGUUCGAGAAGAAGAUCAACCUUGGUGUCGGUGCAUACCGUGACGAUGCCGGAAAGCCCUACGUCCUCCCCUCCGUCCGCGAGGCCGAGGAGAAGCUUGUCAACAACAAGCUGAACAAGGAGUACGCCGGCAUCACUGGUGUCCCCGAGUUCCCUCCCCUGGCCGCCAAGCUCGCCUACGGCCCCAACGCUUCCGUCCUCGACCGCGUUGCCAUCUCCCAGACCAUCUCCGGAACCGGUGCCCUGCGACUGGGCGCUGCCUUCCUCCAGCGCUGGUACUCUGGCGACAAGAAGAUCUUCAUCCCCAACCCUUCAUGGGCCAACCACAAGGCCGUCUUCAGCGAUGCCGGCCUCAAGGUCGAGACCUACCGCUACUACAACAAGGACACCAUCGGCCUCGACUUUGACGGCCUGGUUGCCGACCUCAAGGCCGCUCCCCUGGGCAGCGUCUUCCUGUUCCACGCCUGCGCCCACAACCCUACCGGCGUCGACCCCACCCCUGAGCAGUGGAAGGAGAUCUCCAAGGUUGUCAAGGAGCAGAACCACUUUGCCUUCUUCGACAUGGCCUACCAGGGCUUUGCCAGCGGUGACACCGACAAGGACGCCUUUGCUGUCCGCUACUUUGUCGAGCAGGGCCACGACAUUGCUCUCUGCCAGUCAUUCGCCAAGAACAUGGGUCUCUACGGAGAGCGUGUCGGAGCCUUCUCCGUCACCACUGCCGACGCUGAGGAGAAGAAGCGUGUCGACUCUCAGCUGAAGAUCCUCAUCCGCCCUCUGUACUCCAACCCUCCCAUCCACGGCGCCCGCAUUGCCGCCGAGGUCCUCAGCAACCCCAAGCUGUACGAGCAGUGGCUUGGUGAGGUCAAGGGCAUGGCCGACCGAAUCAUCACCAUGCGUGCCCUCCUCAAGGAGAACCUCGAGAAGCUCGGCUCCAAGCACGACUGGUCCCACAUCACCAGCCAGAUUGGCAUGUUCGCCUACACUGGCCUGAACGCCGAGGAGAUGAACAAGCUGGCCAAGGAGUACUCCGUCUACGCCACCAAGGACGGCCGUAUCUCCGUUGCCGGUAUCACCAGCGACAACGUCGGCCGUCUGGCCGAAGCUAUCUUCAAGGUCAAGGGUUAAGAAGGGAAAUAAAAAAAAAUUACAAGUUAGAACGGAAGGGGGGAGGGCUGGACAGGAAAUUUAGAAGAAAGAUUUUCGAUUCAGGUUAUUAGGCGAUCUAAAAAGGAAAAAAGAACACUUUUUGCAUUGCCUAAUUGCCAGAUGGCUGAUCUAUAAUAGCCAGUGUAACAAUAAUCAUGACGAAAUGCCUGAUGAUUGUAUUAUGUGUACCCAUCCGCGUCUAAGCUUUUGCAAAUCUCCAUUCAAAAUAAAUAAAAAAGAGGGGAAAAAAACCAUAUGCUCGCUAUAUACAAAUUGGACAAAGAUAGAAGCGCUUCAUUUAUCGUUGAAAUCAUGACAGUCGUAAUCGGUCCAUGUCUCGUUCCGUAUCCUCCACGUGCUGUCCUUCAUCUUGGUAGUCUCCUCCAUGCUCAACUUCUGACAGCCCCCCUCCUUCUUCCUCCAGGCUCUCGUCCAUUUCAUCCAGAGAGUCUUCGUCAUCGUAAGCUUCCAGGUCAACCUGUAGAUCCCGCACUUUUUCAGCAACCCGUGUGUUGGCAUCCUUAAGAUGCGUGACGUAGUGCUGCAGAGCGGAUAUGCUCUCCGCGGUAUACACCUCCUUUCUGAGCUUGAGCAUUGUCUGCUCGGCCUGCUUCUCUGCGCGCUGCGCAUCGAGGGAUAUAUCCGAGGCGCGGAGCUCCAAGCUACGAGCAAUGACGCCGUGCUUGGCCUCUAAUGUACGAACGAGACAAGUGAGGCAUUCUGAGAAGAGUUGAAGGAGGUUGGUGAGAGACGUGAUUGUGCGUAUGCGGGCUGCUUUUAGAGUCUCUUCGGCGGCAGCCAGACCGGCAUUGAGAUUCACAAAAUCUUUCGGUAGAGAGGCGACAUAGCGAUGUAGAUAAGACGGGUUUGUGGCGGGAUGGGCAAGACGAGCGAGGCCCAGCGCAGAGGCAUGAAGGUUGGAUGAUAUCAAAUCCGCCAGAUCGGGUAACAGAGCUUCAAAGUCGGACAGCGGCGGACCGGAAAGAAGCAACGCAAUUGAGUCGUGAGGCAGCGUAUCGACGGUAUCGAGGAACGAGGGCAAGAUGAGGAUCAGCUCGAGGAGCGCCUCGGGCGUGGCUUCGGCGGAAGACUGUGACUGUUUCUGUUGGAGACGCUCGCUGGCUCGGGAGAGUCUGGUGGAGGCUGUUGAUGAAGACGAGGGCUUUGGCUCUGGAGGCGUGGCGGUUGCAAUGGCGCGUUCUAGGAGGUAGUGCUUUGCCGCUUUCUGGCGAUGUUUGUCGAGACUCUUUUGCACUACAGCCCGAUCCUUGGCCUCGUCAUCAUCCUUGGUAGAGCCAUCCGGGUUCAGGAUGGCAGUGGUGAUGACGCGAUAGAGCUUUGCGAAUUCCGGGUUGCUUUGCAAGAUCUUUUGCUCAACGGGGGGGAACAUGCUUUCUCCAUCAGUUGAAGAGUCCGAUUCACAGGGCGAUUGAGAUUCUAUCAAGUAUACAAAUACAAAAAACAGGUCAAUGGAAAAGGAAAAAUCAAACUCGCAGCAUAAUUCGCCAAGGAGAUCAAUACACCCCACGAAAAG